AUGGGGAUACUACAAUCCCUCGGCCUGCGCCGCGCCUCGCAGUGGCAGCGCCUCACCCUGCUCGAUCACCUGCUCCUCUCGCCGCUCACCUUCCUCACCAUCACCCUCUACCACAUCCUCGUGUGGCUGCGCGGACGGCCGUUGCGCCCGCCGCGCGGCAAGGAGCCCGUCCGCGUGGUGUGCAUCUCGGACACGCACGACUUGACUGUGGACGUGCCCGAUGGCGAUAUUCUCGUCCACGCCGGCGACCUCACCAACGAGGGCACCGCGGCCGACGUUCAGAAGCAGCUCGACUGGCUCAACAGCUUUGACCACCCCGUCAAGAUUGUGGUUGCGGGGAAUCACGACAGCUACUUUGACCGCAGGUCGCGGAGGGAAGAGGACGUGCGCAGCAGGGCGAAAGUGCAGCUUGGCGACAUCUUGUUCCUGCAGGGCGACAUGACGGUGCAAGAGGUCAAUGGACGAAAGAUUAGCAUCUUUGGUGCCGGCGAUGUUCCUGAAUGCGGGCCACAAGAAUUUGCCUUCCAAUACACUCCCACCACACAACCAUGGCACAACAGAGUACCGCCGCAGACAGACAUUCUCGUCACUCAUACUCCGCCCAAACACCACCUCGAUCUUGACCUUGGAUGCCCACAUCUCCUCCGCGAAGCCUGGCGUGUCAGGCCACGUCUGCACGUCUUUGGCCACUGCCACUGGGCCUACGGCCAAGAGCCUAUCUACUUUGACGAAAUGCAGGCCGCGUACGAGGCGCUCCUCUCGCGUCCCCGCCGCGGCCCCAUCAUGGACUUUGUCCCCAACCGAUCCUGGUUUUAUAUGUGGCAGGUCAUCUACUACGGCGUGCAGGGUGUGGCCUGGAAAUGGCUCAUGGGCGGCCCCCGAGGCAAUCAGGGCAGCAUCAUGGUCAAUGCCGCGCAGAUGUACGGUGAUACCGGCCGCAUCAAGUCGCGUGCCGUUGUUGUGGACAUUUAA